CCUCAAUCUGAUUUGUAAUGCCGUUCGGUUCGGUUCGCUAGCGUUUCAGCAGUGCGUCAGUGCAGCAGCGUGUGUGGCUUUCCCGUGCCGGCUCGUGAAGCGGAGAGAACGUGCUCGCCGUCGUUACAGCUACAGGCAGGUCGCCCUACCGAGUCGCCUUAGUGUUGUGGUGCGCGUUAGUAUCCAGCUAGUGUCCUGUCAGGUGCGUUCGUUCGUCUUCCCGUUGCGGUGUAAAAUCCGGAGCACAACACACCUGCUGCUGCUGCUGCUUCUACUAGCGAGCAAUCGUCGUGGGCCCCAGCCAACGCGAACAACCGUGUGUGUCUGUGUGGGUACGUUGCAGUGCGUCCGCGUGUGGGUGGGUGUGUCUCGGUGUGUGUGUAUGUGCCACCCGUUCAGGGUGUGCAGCGAGUGGUAGAACCAAGUACCAAGUCUCGUUCUGCCUGUUCUGUGAAGAGUAGAGAAUAGUGUGUCCGUGUGGUGGAAGUGAAAUUUGUUCGGUAGCAACGGCAGCGGCAGUGCGACGACGGCAGUGCGUUACGGGCGCAGGCGUUACUGCGCGUUACUCUAGCCCAUUCCAUUACUGUUUCCCGCGUGCCGUGUGCGCUAAGUGUGUGUUGCGCCGUGCAAGCGUGCUGAGUGCUGAGUGAGCUGAGCGCUAAGCUUUCCCGUGUUUGCUCGAGACACAAGCGGGACCGGACGCGGCAAGAUGGCGGACGACGAUAACACGCUGGAGGAGAUCCCGGAGGCGGAGAACAAGAUGGCGCUACGCAACCGCGGGCGCAAGGGUGCGCUCAAGAAGAAGAACGUUUAUAAUGUCAAGGAUCAUCGCUUCAUACCGCGCUUCUUCAAGCAGCCGACGUUCUGCUCCCACUGCAAGGAUUUCAUUUGGGGCUUUGGCAAGCAAGGAUUCCAAUGUCAAGUUUGUUCCUUUGUCGUUCACAAACGAUGCCACGAGUACGUUACCUUCAAGUGUCCGGGUGCGGAUAAGGGAGCAGAUUCCGAUGACACCCGUACCAAGCAUGAGUUUAAAGAGUGGACCUAUUCGAGUCCAACGUUUUGCGAUCACUGUGGUUCGCUGUUGUACGGUUUGAUCCACCAGGGGCUUAAGUGUACAGCAUGUGAUAUGAACGUGCACAAACGGUGCGAGGAGAGCGUACCGAACCUCUGCGGAUGUGAUCAUACCGAGCGCCGGGGGCGCAUCCAGCUGACGAUCACGUAUGCGGCGGGCAAGCUCAACAUUGAAGUGAAACAGGGCCGCAACCUUAUUCCGAUGGAUCCGAACGGUUCCAGCGAUCCGUACGUCAAGAUCAAACUGAUCCCGGACGCGGACAACGUGAAGAAGAAAACCAAAACCAUCCGGGCCUCGCUCAAUCCGGUGUGGAACGAAACUCUGAUAUUCGAUCUCAAGCCGGAAGAUAAGGACCGUCGCCUGCUGAUCGAGGUGUGGGACUGGGAUCGUACCUCGCGGAACGAUUUCAUGGGCUCGCUUUCGUUCGGCAUCUCGGAAAUCCUCAAGAACCCGGUCGAUGGGUGGUUCAAGCUGCUCACGCAGGAGGAGGGCGAGUACUACAACGUACCAGUGCCGGAGGAGGGUGCCGAUCUGGUGCAGCUCAAGAGCCAAAUGAGGAAAACAUCCAUCACGAAGAAGAUCCCGAUGAUGGGCGACAAGGACGUGCCGCAUAACAUGACGAAGAAGGACGUCAUCCGGGCGACCGACUUCAACUUCCUGAUGGUACUGGGCAAGGGUUCGUUCGGCAAGGUGAUGCUGGCGGAGCGCAAGGGCACGGAUGAGCUGUACGCGAUCAAGAUCCUGAAGAAGGACAUCAUCAUCCAGGACGACGACGUCGAGUGCACGAUGGUGGAGAAGCGCGUCCUGGCCCUGUCCAGCAAGCCGCCGUUCCUGGUGCAGCUGCACUCUUGCUUCCAAACCAUGGAUCGUCUGUACUUUGUCAUGGAAUACGUCAACGGUGGUGAUCUCAUGUUCCAAAUUCAGCAGUGUGGCAAAUUUAAGGAACCAGUCGCUGUGUUCUACGCGUCGGAGAUUGCUAUCGGGUUGUUUUAUUUGCACGCGCGGGGCAUCGUGUACCGCGAUCUGAAGCUGGACAACGUGCUGCUGGACAUGGACGGGCACAUUAAGAUAGCCGAUUUCGGCAUGUGCAAGGAGGGCAUCCUGGGCGACAAGACGACGAAAACGUUCUGCGGCACACCGGACUACAUUGCGCCGGAGAUCAUUUUGUACCAACCGUACGGCAAGUCGGUCGACUGGUGGGCCUACGGUGUGCUGCUGUACGAGAUGCUGGUCGGUCAGCCCCCGUUCGAUGGGGAGGACGAGGAGGAGCUGUUUGCCGCCAUCACGGACCAUAACGUGUCGUACCCGAAGAGCUUGAGCAAGGAAGCCAAGGACGUCUGCAAGGGGCUGCUCACCAAAAACCCGCAGAAACGCUUGGGCUGUGGAGCUCGCGGCGAGGAGGACGUUCGUGCGCACGCCUUCUUCCGCCGUAUCGAUUGGGAAAAGAUUGAGAACCGUGAGGUGCAGCCACCGUUCAAGCCAAAGAUUAAACAUCGCAAGGACGUGUCGAACUUCGAUCGACAGUUCACGUCGGAGAAGACCGAUCUUACCCCGACCGACAAGCUGUUCAUGAUGAACCUGGACCAGACGGAGUUCAACGGCUUCUCGUAUCUUAAUCCCGAGUUUGUGCAGUACGUCUAAGGCGGCACGGGGGCAGAAUGUGGACGCCCAAAGGAUGUCCCUCCGCCGUGGCGUCGUUCUUCCCGUGACAUUUUAGAUUGCAAUUUCCCCUUAAAGCAAUUCUUCUAUCCUCCCACGUCGCAGGGCAUGCUCAUGCCUGCCAAGCUGGCGUUUUUUUUGUUGAUCGUUUUUAAUGUUUGUUUUAAUUUAUCCAAUUAUCUGUUAUUGUUUCGCGCGUGCACUCGCCCAAAGAGAUUCGUUAUGUUCUUAAGUAGUCAUUGUUUAUACGCGGCUCAAACCGCAAUGGAAAAGGGGAGGAUGAGUGGAUUGCGUUACGCUUUUACCAGUUUUGCCAGUAUGUGUGCUUGCCACCCGAAAAAGUUCCAUUUUGAAAGCGAAGCUGCUUCAUCGGUGAGUGUUCUGUAUAAUGCCAUAAUGCUCUCUCGCACACCCACACCCACUCUGCCAUUCUCUGUGCAGUCUUCCCGUGUGCGCGUGGGUUCGUUUUCUGUUGUUAUGUUAGUAAGUGUGCGAAAGGGUUGAUAGCAGGCAGCAGGAAAAGGCGUUUUUGAGUUUUUCGUUUGUACUUUGUUUUUAAAUGGAAAAUCCUUGCCUAUAUAAAAGUCAUUCUCUUCGGAAAGCAAGAAAAGCCUGUACUUCAAGAGCGUUUUUAAGAAAACAAACACACACACACACACAAUCCAUACUCUCGUAUAAUUCCUGUACAUGUUUAGCUAGUAAAACUAAAAAAAGCAAAGCUACCAAGGCACGCGAGGAUUUGUCGCGCAUGUUAGCGAUCCAUCUGAACCGGCUUGGUUGUUUUGUUGCGCGCGAGCGCGCAUGUGUGUGUGGGAGAACAAAACAAAAAAAAAAACGGGAAUCUAAUUGCCAAAACAAAACACUUUUAUCUACUAAAUACCACUUUUACACUCAAUACCGUGUUCCCAGCCGCCCGCUCAGGGACUGCCGGUGUUCGGUUGCGGUGUUUCGGGACGCCACGUGCUUUGCUGGUGCGCAACGUACGCAGCAACGCAACGAACGCAGCAGCCUGUGAGGUGUUGCAGUUGGUUGCACGCUUUAAAACAUCUGCACCUUGUUAAAAUCUACACACUUUUAUACUAUAUAAGCAUUUAACGAUAGUAUGCGUGCGCAUAACGGGCUCAUUAAUAGCAAGUGGCAGGUUAAAUCUUUCCCCCAAUUGCGUUACUCUCACGUGAGCGCGGCGAAGCGUGCGCGUUUUCUAAUUGAUCUGUUGCGUGUCCGUUCGUUUACGCUGGGUGUGUUGGGUGCAACGUUCAAUCAGUUUUCUCCGUUUGCGUUUUAUUUCAGCAACAAAAUUUAGAUAAAAAGAGACAACUAUUUUUCAGUGCGAAGAGGAACGUGUAGUAGAACAGUACAUACACAAGUAAUACAUUAACUAGCAAGCAAACAACCAGUAAAAUGCUCCAUUUGGCUGUGUGCACUGAUCAUGUUUUAAAUGGCCCGGGGCGCUCGGCUUCGGGUCAAGACUUUAGAGGGCCCUAUUUACUCAGCAGUUUCACACAACUUCCCCCAUCCCCCCCACAUCGUACUGGACGAGUAGAAUUGCAUACAUAAAACACACACAUACUCUCUCGCUCACACUCUAUUUAUAAAGGGGGGCUUUUGGGUUUUUUUAGAUAAAUAAUGGAAGAAAAAACCAAACCCUUACACAACUAGAAUAAUGGCACCUGAACUUUGCUGCUGGAAGGUAAACAGAGAUGGAAGAAGCAGGAGAUUAGCAAACACAAUAUACAAUUAACCAUUUAAAGUAAUAAACAAACAAAAAAAAACAGCAACACGUAAGACAGGAUCAAACCAUGUGUAGGUCUCGUGUGUACUAAGAAAACACCACUUUUUCAACUAUAUAGAGCGUUAAAGGAAAACCAAAUGAAGCAAAGCUAUUUGUGGAAUGUGCGUGUGUAUGUGUGUGGAGAGAGAUUUAAUUAAGGAAAGAGUAUGCACCAUUCGUUUCACAUUCGACACGCGCGACAAGCGGUGCAUUCUUCUGCGUUGUGUAGAUCGGACGGGUUGGGUCAGGUCUAGGACCCGGCAAGGUAUAACUUACGUGCCACAGAACAACACAAUCAUUCAGCAUUAAAAGUAAAGACAGCAAGCACCAAACCAAAACAGAACAUCAGUGCACGCGUUCGCGAUUAAUCGGUAGAAAUUGUCGAAUAUAUACACACAAACACACACGCAUACUCGUUUUAGUAGCAAUAAUAGAGAUAACAAAUAUAAUAAUCGUAAUGACAGAGCAAGAGAGAGAGAGAGACGGGAAAGAUCUAUUAACAAUCUGACGGAAGGGGAAAAGGAAACCUAGCUUCAACACCUGCACCUUAACCUGAUAGCUCACAGAGCAAAGACGGAUGCAACCACACUCUGCAGCUACAAAGCAGACACCUUUCAUGAACAAAGCAAAAGAAAUCUCAUUUCCACUUACACACCCGCAAAAGAAAAACACAAACAUCUCGCUGUCUCUCGAAACCUGUUUAUGAACAACCAAAAGGAGCUUUAAUCUUGCACUUUACUGAUGUAUUUAUAUAUGUAUCGAAUAAUGCAACAAACAAAACAAAACAAAAAAACAAUGUGAGGUAAAAUAAAGGGAGAAAACUAGCAAAGACAGUGAACGGUGGGCGAUAUAUUUCCAGUAGGAAUAAAACCACAUUAUAUGACUUAUACUAAUGUAAUGGAAUGAAGAAGAGAGAGAAAGAGAAAAAAACACACAGCAAACAAUACACAUAACAUUAUUGAUAGAGUAAACACGCAUUUGCAAAA